AUGUGUCCCAGGCCAUCCAGGUAUCUCAGUAAGGCCCAGUGUGAUGGAGGAACUGUCUGCCUGGUCAACAAGGAGAUCUUCUUCACCAAGAGGAGAACUGCCUCUAUGUCACGACCCAACACCUCUGCCUCCGUCCCAGAGAAACCAUCCGAGGUGCACCCAGAGCCUCCUGUUGGUGCUCCUGAGGGCCCAUCAGAGGCUGAAGCUGGGUACCUGCAGGUGCUGGACAGUGAGGGUCGACCCUUGUGUCUGUCCUGCCACAAGGCCUGUGGGUCCACCGGAGGAGCCUGGGACACCUGCUUCUGUAGCCAGACGUGUCAGGAGGAGUUCCAGCUGCGCUCCAGCCAGGCCUACAUGCGUGCCCGGGUACUGCAGACGGAGCAGGGGGUGUGUCAGAGCUGCGGCCUGCAAGCCCACCAGCUGUACCUGAAGGUCCGCGACGCCCCGCCCACACACAGGAAGGAGAUGCUAGAGAACACCGGCUGGCCCAGCUGUCACUCAAACAGCUGAAUGAGAUGAUCCGUGCCCCCGUGGAGGGUCAGUUCUGGCAGGUGGACCACAUCCGACCCGUCUACAGUGGGGGAGGACAGUGUUCCCUGGACAACCUACAGACACUCUGCACCGUCUGCCACAGAACCAGGACAGCUCAGCAAGCCAAGGACAGAAGCCAGAUGAAGAAAGGACUGGCAGCCUCCAAGGUGGCUUCAGACAUCACUCGCUUCUUCAUAAAGAAAUGAACAUUAAAACAACAUGUUUUCCUCAACCAAGGGAAGGAGGGGAAGUUGGAGGAGUACUGAGUGACAUAGGAAGGAUGCUUCUUCAGUGUUUUGUCAUCUCUGUGAAGAAGGCUACAUGUCACAGUUGAUCCUCAAUGCUGCCACUGCUGUCCGUGUUAUGGACUCACCAGCAAUCCAAUGUAGAGGAACAUCGCCUCCUUCCUUUAAUGACAUCAUGUUUAAGUUGGAUCAUUGAGAGUGUUGAUGUGAACACUGUUCUUUCAGGGUUGUUUUUUUUGUUGGGUUACCUGAAUAGAUUUUUACUAAACAAUGCUGCCUGUAUCAAAUGCAAAUGUUCCAAAUGAGCAGCUACGCUCCUUCCCAUGUUGUCCCCGAACCGUCAGCAGUGAGCCUGGGUUGAUUUAUAACGGGCUUAUCUAGCUCAGAUACAGGCUGAACUGAACCAAGCUGGGCAGGCUGCUGCCUGUUUGAAUUGCCAGCCUGCCUGCAUGCCUGCCGAGCGCUCGCUGCUAUUUUAGGUUGUGCAAACUUGGUAGAAAAACCCUGAUCUGUGUGAUGCUCUAGUUUACUUCUUGACAGGAUAUCACAAGUGUUUUCCUUCAUGUCCUCUACAUGUAGUCUA